CUGAACUUCCCGCCACUACUCAAAAAUGUUUUCAGCGAAAUUUAUCUUGAUCAGAAAAGAAAAUGUGUCCACCUAAACAGUCAUAGUCCAAAGUCAAAAUCACAAUGCCUCCUAAGAGACCAGCGGGGAAACAUGAAAAGCCCAAAUCAUCGGCUCAUCCAUCGGGUGCCAGACAUGACCGCAGCAGUGCAAGAGGGGAGACAAGUUCCCAGUCUAGUCAGCGUCCGUCCACAAGUCAACGUCCAUCAUCGUCUCAGGCCCCAGCGGCCACCCAGAGACAGCUGUCCAGUCAGACACAAGCUGACAAGGUUGCCGCAGGCAUUGACAGGGCAGAACUUGACCGGAAAGUAAAUGAUCUUGUGCAAUAUUUGCUGAUAGUGUGGCAGAAGAAUUAUCCAAUCAAAAAACCGGACAUCAACAAGAAUGUGCUGAAAGAACACCGGUCAGCCUUUGCGCAUAUAAUGAAGAAGGCACAGGAGAAGCUAGCCAGGGUCUUUGGGGUUGAUGUUGUCGAACUACAGGAUAAGUACAAGGGCAGCUUCAUACUCCUCAACAGACUGGAGAACGACACAGACAACCCACAUCUGCUGUGGCCCGAAGAAGACAACACAAAGACAGGCCUGCUGAUGGUGAUUCUCAGCCUCAUCUACAUGAACGGCAAUGUCAUGCAGGAUUCUGAGAUGUGGCACGCCUUGAAGAAACUGGGAGUUGAGCCCGACCUUCCUCAUCCAACUUUCGGGGAUGCCAAGAAGCUAAUUACCCAGGAGUUUGUACGGCAAGGCUACAUCGAAUGUAUCCGCCUACAAAACGUGGACCCACCAAGUUUCGAGUUCAAGUGGGGUCAAAGGGCACAACUAGAGACAUCUAAAAGACACUGUCUAACCUUUGUCAGCCAGAUCUACGACAUGGAUGCCGAGAGGUGGACGUCCCAGUUCCAUGACAUGCAGGAGUCAGAAGGACCUGUAGAGAACGGCAACUGAUGAGGUGAUGGAGUGCGAUAUCAGGGAAGCAAAGCUCAUGUGAAAAGGCUGAAAUUGACACAAGUAUGAGAUUAUUGAACCACGACACGUGUGUGAGAUGUGUGUACUAGAUGUGUGUGACAUCAGGAGACCAGGCAGGACUAGACAGCGGUGUGACAUCAGGGAGGCUAAACGACAUUGUAGACAGUGUAGAACGAACAUAUGAGACCACUGUUACAAGACACAUGUGAGAUGUGUUUAGGAUUCAGACACACAUGUGAGGUGAUCAGUACAAGACACACGUGUGAUCACAGAGACUUAGCACAUGUGAAUGAUCGAUACCCGACACAUGUUUGAUCACAGAGACUUAGCACAUGUGAAUGCUCGAUACCGGACACAUGUGUGAUCACAGAGACUUAACACACCUGAAGUGAUUGAUGCCGGACACAUGUGACAUCCCAGAGACUUAACACACCUGAAGUGAUCGAUACCUGACACAUGUGUGAUCACAGAGACUUAGCACAUGUGAAUGAUCGAUACCUGACACAUGUGUGAUCACAGAGACUUAGCACAUGCGAAUGAUCGAUACCUGACACAUGUGUGAUCACAGAGACUUAGCACAUGUGAAUGAUCGAUACCUGACACAUGUGUGAUCACAGAGACUUAGCACAUGUGAAUGAUCGAUACUGGACACAUGUUUGAUCACAGAGACUAAGCACAUGUAAAUGAUCGAUACCGGACACAUGUGAGAUCACAGAGACUUAACACAUGUGAAUGAUCGAUACCUGACCCGUGUGAGAUCACAGAGACUUAGAACAUGUGAAUGAUCGAUACCGGACACAUGUGUGAUCACAGAGACUUAGCACAUGUGAAUGAUCGAUACCGGACACAUGUGAAAUCCUAGAGAAUAGACACAUGUGAGCGCUCAGAGACUAAACAUAUAUGUGAGGUGAUCAAUACUAGACACAUGUGAGAACACAGAGACUAGACAUGUGUGUGAGAUCCUGUGACUAGACUUGCCUGUUAGAUAGUAUAGACUGGACACAAGUGUGUGAGAUCCUGUGACUAGACUUGCCUGUUAGAUAGUAUAGACUCCAUGGACACAAGUGUGAGUUCCCGGAGACCAGUCAAGUGAUUGAGAAUAGUGGAGACCUCACGUGAUCUCAUGAAGAAUGGAAAUAUGUGGAAUGCAGACUCUUGUCAAACAGUGGGGAUCAGUCACUGCCUUAACAGGUGUUACAGUGCUAAAGACACACAUGAGCAAUGCAGGGAUGAUGAUGAUGUCGGGUGAUGCUUCCCAGGUCAUUCUUAGAGAAUCUGUUUCUUGUGCCAAUUGUAACAGUCUGUGCCUGUGUAUAAAUACAUACAGUCUU